AUGGACCCCGGAACAGGCUUAGCUGUGGUAUCGCUUUCGUUCGACCUUUUUGCUAGCUGCGUUAAAGGGUUCAGCUUGAUAACUGACGCUCAAAACAUUGGAAAGGACGCCGCCAUUGAACGAACGAAGCUAGUUCUUCAAGAGUAUCGACUCAUCGAGUGGGCUAGGGCCAUUGGCCUUGACUCUCCUCGAGACAAUGAAUCGCCUAUGUCUAACCAGCACGCUGCCGCUUUCGUCCUAUUCCAGCUAGAGCAGCUUCUCUCCUCAACAGAGGCUUUACAAAAGCGCUAUAAGUUGGAACUUGUGUCUGUGGCGGACAGCUCCGAUGUCUUGGUUCCUACUGAAACGACAACCAUUCCAGGUAACUCAGCUCUGUCAAUCCUCUCAGAUAUCGUGUCAUCCGAGACUCGCAAUGACAUCCUUGAACGCGCAUUGAAAGUCAGCACAGGGAAUCGAUUCCCAAAGCGUCUCUGGUGGGCCGCCGUUGACAAGAAAAAGUACGCGGAGCUGGUAAAGGAUGUGACCAAUCUUGUCGAUGGGCUUUGGUCCCUCUUGGACGUUUCCCACCGACUUCAGACCUCUCGAGCUAUCAAUCAGACGCUGCAACUUGCGAUUCAAACGAGUCGAGAUAUCAAGGGUCUUCAGGAUCUCCAGACAUCUCUCCACGACUCAGCCACUGAUGCCGACAUGAAAAACAUCCUCGCUGCCUCGGCAGGUCUGAAGGCACAGCAUAUUUUGCUCACAUCCUGUCACGACCAUGCACAACACGCAGAGCACUCCGGCGACGGAGACAAUCAUACAGCGUCAGCACGACCUCCGUUGGUUCUGGACCCUUCCCAAGUGACCAAGAUUGAAAUGCUGUCACCGACAAUUGGGUCGGCCUUAUACCAGCAAGCCACAGUGCUAAUAGAAGAGAAGCGUGUGCAAUCAAACAUGAAAAGGAAGCUCAAACCACGUGUUGAAGCUCUUGUGCUUCUACUCUCCCAAUCUCCCACACCAUCUUUCCAGACAUUCCCCUGCUUAGGAUACACUGAAGAGCAAGGAGGCUUCCGAUUGGUCUUUAAUUUGCCUUCCAGUACCGAGAAGCCUUGUUCAUUGCUCAGCAUAUUGUCCAGAUCAAACGGACCAUUGCCAGAUGUUGGCACACGUCUUCGUUUAGCCGUGCAGGUGUGCCAGACGCUCCUCAGCUUCCACACUGCCGACUGGCUCCAUAAAGACGUCCGGUCUGAGAAUAUUAUCCUCAUCUCUCCAAUCUCUACGCAGUCGAAUGAUCGUCUGGGUCGACCAUAUCUCUGCGGCUUCUCUUUCGCUAGACAAGGUUCCCCGACUGAAAUCAGCGAACAACCUUCUACCGACGCCUCACGGGACAUUUAUCGCCAUGCUAAAGCUUUAGGAGAGCCUUCUGAGGGCUUUGAGCGCUACAUGGACGCGUACUCUCUCGGCUGUAUCCUGAUCGAGAUCGCUGAAUGGACACCCCUUCGAAAGAUUAUCAAGAAGCGCAUCGACACCAGCAGUAACGCCGGCAUGAAAUUGAGCGAUGUUGCAUUGCUCUCAGACUGGCUGCAUACUCGAUAUGUUACCGAAAGGAUCGCAGCAUUUCGACUUGGAGUUGCGUUCAUGAAGAUGCUUGCUCUGUGCAUCCCGGCCGGAGAUGAGAAGCCGGAUUUGGCUGAAUUUUACUCUGCGCUUGAAUGCAUGGCCGCGUGUAGCAUUUAG